AUGGCCGACGUACUACAGUCCAUUUGCAACCCGUUGCCGCUGUCAUCCAGCCAGUCAUCAAUAGUUAAAGAGGGAUGGCUGUUCAAACGAGGCGAACACAUUAAAAAUUGGAGGUCCAGGUAUUUUAUACUGUUUGCCGAUGGUUCACUUAUGGGCUACAGAAACAAACCAGAAGGUCCAGUGACCGAACCUCUCAACAAUUUCACUGUAAAGAGGUGUCAAAUAAUGAGUGUUGAUCGUCCCAAACCAUACACAUUCACAAUUCGAGGAUUGCAAUGGACCACUGUUAUUGAACGAACAUUUCAUGUGUCUUCUGAUAAAGAAAGAGAAGAAUGGAUGACUGCCAUUAAAGGCGUAUCAGAACGUUUGUCUGAUGUUGAUGAAGUUGAAAUGGAAGGCGUAUCUCAUUCGACUAGCAUGUCAAGCACAAUGUCAGGACCCAGUUCAGAUGAUUUCAGUGCCAAAUUUUCUGUUCAAGGAACAUCUUCAAGUAAAUCCACCGGAAAACGAAAAGUGACUCUUGAGAAUUUUGAGUUUCUUAAAGUACUUGGAAAAGGUACAUUUGGAAAAGUGAUUCUAUGCCGAGAAAAGGCAACAGGUCAUUUAUAUGCUAUCAAAAUUCUUAAAAAAGAAGUCAUCAUCCAAAAAGAUGAAGUUGCUCAUACGCUAACUGAAAACAGGGUUCUCCGCACUACUAGUCAUCCUUUUCUAAUAUCAUUGAAAUACUCAUUUCAAACUGCAGAUAGAUUAUGUUUUGUCAUGGAGUAUGUAAAUGGCGGAGAACUAUUCUUCCAUUUGUCAAGAGAACGUGUAUUUACAGAAGAUAGAACUCGUUUUUAUGGAGCUGAAAUUAUUUCUGCUUUGGGUUACUUACAUUCCCAAGGAAUUAUUUAUAGGGAUUUAAAACUUGAAAAUUUACUGCUAGAUAAAGAUGGUCACAUUAAAAUUGCUGACUUUGGAUUGUGCAAAGAAGAUAUAACUUAUGGGUCAACAACCAAAACAUUCUGUGGCACACCUGAAUACUUGGCUCCAGAGGUGUUAGAAGAUUUAGAUUAUGGUCGAGCUGUUGAUUGGUGGGGAAUAGGAGUAGUCAUGUAUGAAAUGAUGUGUGGAAGGUUACCAUUUUAUAACAAGGAUCAUGACAAAUUGUUCACUCUCAUUUUAAUGGAAUCUGUACGAUUUCCAAGAGGACUUUCUGCUGCUGCAAAAAGUUUGCUAACUGGUCUUUUAAUCAAAGAUCCCAAACAGCGAUUGGGCGGAGGUCCUGAUGAUGCCCAAGAAAUCAUGAGUCAUGUUUUCUUUAGUAGUAUUAAUUGGUUGGAUUUGGAACAAAAAAAGAUUCCUCCUCCGUUCCAACCACAAGUAUCAUCAGACACAGACACACGAUAUUUCGACCAGGAAUUUACUGGAGAAUCUGUUGAACUUACUCCACCUGACCUGUCAUCGCAUCACCUCAACAGCAUUGCAGAAGAAAUGGAGCAAUCACAACCAUACUUCCCACAAUUCAGCUACCAAGACUUAGCUGGAUCAAUAUCAAUAAGUGCCAGUUCGUGUUUCAGUCAUACGUGA